AUGAAACAGCGCGGGCAGGAGGAGGAGGAGGCGGAGGAAGGGGAGAAGGAGGAGCGGCAGCUCCCGAUGCACCACUGGCUUGGACCCCGCUGCCGGCCGGGGCCGGGCGCGGAGGCGGCGGGGCCGGGGCCGGGGCCGGGGCCGGGGGAGGAGGCGGCGGGGCCGGGGCCGGCUCGCCUGGCCCGGCUGCCGCUGGCGCGGGUGAAGGCGCUGGUGAAGGCGGACCCGGACGUCAGCCUGGCCAGCCAGGAGGCCGUCUUCGUCCUGGCGCGGGCCACGGAGUUGUUUGUUGAAACCAUAGCCAAAGAUGCUUACAUGUAUGCUCAGCAAGGAAGAAGGAAAACUCUGCAGAGAAAAGACCUGGAUAAUGCCAUUGAAGCUAUUGAUGAAUUUGCUUUUUUGGAAGGUACUUUGGACUGAGCUGGACAGAGAUGGAGCUCUCUGAAGAAAAAGACUGCAGAGAUGGGUGUGGGGUGGAAAACAGGACAUUGAGAGCUCAAAAAUAGUUCCUCGAAUUGAAAUACUGAAAUGGCAGCCAUAAUAUUUUGUAUAAAGUUUAAGUUGUUGUAAGUUCUUUAUUUAAAAUGCGUAUUUCUUCAGAAAUAUCUUGUCUGUCACUUAACUGUGCCCUGCUGCUGUGGUGCAGACUGCUCUCCAGCUUUGGCUAGGUUGCACAGCAGUCGCUUGGAGUAGCGGUUCCUGCCUCUCCAGGUACUCUGCAGCACCACAAAGCUGUGAAUGGAGAGUGGUUUGGCUCAGCUGCCCAGGCAUGGUGAAUUUUUUUGAUGGAAAUGUAGUUUUCUGUGUAUAUGUUUGUUUCAUGGCCGAACACAAUUAAAUUUCUUAUUUUUUUUGUGGA